AUCUAUACAAACAUCGAAGACUCACCCAAAACACUAGCGUUACCCAAAACAACUCUCAUCUACAUAAAAUUAUGGCUGCUCAAAAUACAUCCCCAAGUUCCAGAAAUUCAGAUUCUUCAGAAAUUCAUGAUAUACCUAUAGUUCCACCUCGACCAAUUGCUCGAAAGGAAUAUAAAGAAGUUGUCCCUGAUAUAUCUGUGGUAUCUGAUAUUGCUGACAAUGGAUCAAAACAAAAUUUUCAAAGGGAUGAUCCCAGACCUCAUACUAGGUCAAAAUAUUUUCAACUUCAAUCAGAAUUAAAAAGUGAUAUGCUUGCAAAAAGCAAUCUCUUACUAUCUACACCAGACAAUCUAUUACACAGAAAUAUAAAUCAUACAUCUUAUGAACAACAAUUAGAAAUUGAUUCCGGUGUUGCUAAGAGAAUUAAAGAUAUUACCAAAAGAACUAAUACAAUCUUGGAUCAUAAUACUAUAUUGCCAGUUAAGAUAUAUUUCAAUCCUGCUUGUCCAUCUUGCAUAACAAAUUGUACUGGAUUGACCAAUAAAGGGCAUAAUGGUAUACAACAUGUGUUACCAAAAAAUAGUUCAUCAGUUCUGUUAGCUGUAGAUAGUGAACAAUCUGAUAAAGAUUUGGGAUGUAAAUCUGAAGAUGGAGAUAUUAUUUCAAAUAAAACAUGUUGCAAACACAUAGAAUCAAACGUUACUGCCAAUUCCAGUCAUAAUUGUAUUAUCUAUAACCAUACUCAGCUUCCAUGUGCAUCAAAUUCAAAAGAGCCAGAAAUGCUUCAAGUUAUGGAUAUUCCAGAUUGUUGUUGUUCUAAAGUUCAGAAUUCUAAAUUGAAAAAAAGUCUCCCCAAAUGUGAAAGGCACACUUCUUCAGAUUCUGGAUUAGGGGAGUCCAAAAAAUCUGAAGAAACUUCUGAGAAAGAAAUGGUAGAUAAAAAUGCAAUAAAAAACAGGAACAUUUUGUGUCCAACUUGUUGGAAGAAAACGACUUGUACAUGUAAUUUUUCAUCAAAAAAAUAUAAUGCAAAUUCAUUAAAACAAAGUGAUGAAUCCGUGCAGAUAACUGAAAAGUUUUUUGGUAGUACAAAUCUUCAUGCAUCUUCUGAUGAAUUAUCAAGCAUUUGGGAAUAUCUCAAGCAGCAAGAUGAGAAAAUUGAUUUGAUUCAUAAAAAAGUUUCGAAUUUUUUAUCCCAGCAUGAAUCAUGCUGUUUGGCACACCCAGAAGAAGAAAAUAUGCCUAAAGCAACAGAAAGUGACAUACCUUACAUUCUCAAUAUUUUAGAGGUACAUAGUGAUAAAAUCAGAGAGCUGCAAGAUCAAAUAAAUACAUUAAAAUCAAAUGAGCAAAAAUCUUUUGCUAAUAAUAACAAAGUUGAUGAAUCUAUAUUAAAUCAAGCACAAACUAUAAACUGUGCUGAUGUAGAAACCUGUAAUGAAGACAUUCAUGUGCCAUGUUCUCAUAAUGUAAUAUGUCAUGAACAAAGACAGAAAGUAACACAAACAUCAACCAGUACUAUGACCAGUUUCGCUAUUGAAAAUAAUGAUAAACUUGUUUAUCAUAAACAACUGACUGUAGUUGCUGAUGUUAAAAGGGAGAAAAAAGAUUCUUCAUCUUUACAAAAAGAACAUGAUUCUCCUACAACUGUGAAUGCAAAUUCCCAUAAAAGAAAAUCCCAUAAACUCAAGUGUUCUCCACGGUUGAAAGGCAAAACAAAUGCAUCAUCAAACAGUUCAUCAGAUGCACCAGAUUAUAAUGAUAAUCAAGUGCUAAAAACUUCUUAUAAAAGUGAAAGGAAAUCUAAGCGUGCUUCAACAGGAAAUAAAGUACCAGAUGAGAGGCAUGUUAAUGAUUCGACAAUGAAAGAUAAUAAUGUGAAAGAACGAAAGAAUUCCCCCGCACUGAAAACCGAUGCUCUUAAAUCACAUUCACGAUCUUCUAAACAAAAGCAGAAAAACAAUACAUCUGCAAAAGUAGUAGACAUGGCCAUACUAAGGGAUUCUGGAAGUAAAAAAAUGACUCGUCAAAUAUCAACAUCAUCUUCAAGUACAAAUUCUGAUUAUGACAGCCCUAAACAAAGGCAGAUAGAAUUCGAUUCUGAACAAGAUGAGUCCACAACAAAAUCAAAAUAUGGUUUAUCAUCUAAAUAUUUAUCAAUUGCAACAAAAACAUACCUUGACAAAUUUCAAUUAUAUUUAGAUAAAAAUAACAGGACUGAGUCUUCUUGAAAGACUUCUUUAUUGAAGUGUAUUUUUGUACUGUGAAUGUUUAAGCAAGUGUGAUUUAUGAUUUGUUAUGGUAACAAAGCUAAUUUAAAAUGCAUUUUAUUAAAAUAAGUAUAAAAUAUU